AUGGUGCUCUUCCCAAAGUCGCCGCUGCUCUCCAAGCCAGGCUUGGCGCUGUCGCUCCCGAAAUUCCGACAAUUCAAGCGAGCGCUUAGCCUGGCAGUCGUCAUCGCCUUGAUCUGGAUGAUCUCCACCGCCUCCCACAACAGCAUCACCAUCUGGGAUGAGGGCUCGCUUCCGCAGGGAAACUUGGUCUUUCACGAUCGCCUGUAUCGGCUCAUCGAAACCGCAACUUUGCGAUAUGCCGACUAUCCGCCCUACCUGAGCGACAUUUAUGCCCAGCACGGAAUCUCCGCCGAAAAGCCGUGCCAGGUUCCAAUGCCAACACUCCCGCUGGCUACCAUCGCAGAUGAGCCGAGCAGCCCGCUCAACGAUACGCAGCUGUGCGAGAUCGAUCGAUCCAAGUAUGCCAUCAAGGUUGAUGGCCCUAUCGGAGAGCCCACCUCGUUUGGAACUGUGGCAUCGAACAUUGCGUUGCAUCUUGAUCGCCUGGGCUAUCCCAUUAUCCUCGAAACAUGGACACCCGACAUUCGGCUGAGUCCUGAGCUCGAAAACAUUCGCGCAAGGCAGCCAAAUCAGCGUCCCAACCUAACAUUUCGAGUCAGCCAUAUCGACAGCCUCGCAGCAAAGCCUAGUACACACUAUUUCGGCCUGACGGUCUCAGAAGUUCCAAUAAUGCCCCAUACCACUGCGAGUGCCCAGUUCAACAGAUUCUUGGAGCCGAGCAGCAGUCGAUUUCAAAAGAAGCUCUUUGUUCCGACUCGUUUCAGCCAGGAGCUCCUGUCCGGGGCCGUCCCCGACGCCCAGAAACGAGUGAAUCUCUUUCCACAUGGAUUCGAUGCCGAGAUCUUUACGUACAAAUAUCGCUUUGAUCGGCUCGAGUCCAAUCGCUAUCAGUUCAUCUGGGUCUCGGUCUGGGGCGGGCGCAAGAACACCAGGGCCGUUCUCGAAGCCUUUUCGUUUGCCUUUCCCAAAGGCACACUCACGACAGCAUCCGGCCGCACCAUCAAUGUGGAACUCAAGAUUGUGUGCGGAUACCCGCCAACGAUCCAGCAGUGGGAGCACGACCAUUGGAACAGCAAGCCUGGAGUCGUCAUCGUCGAGGCCGCGGCGGAUCGACCGGCUACCGAAAUCGCGCGAUUCUACCAUGAGGCCGAUUGCUUUGUUUUCCCAUCCUUCUCGGAGGGAUUCGGGCUCACUGUGCUGGAGGCGAUGGCGACUGGCUUGCCAGUGAUCGUACCAGAGUACUCCGGAAUGAAGGACUUUUGUGAUCGCGAGACCUGCGUCAUGAUACCACCAACGCGGCUGAUCGGCUUGAACUUUGGCAGUCACUACGGUUGCGGUGCCGACCUCGAUCCCCGGGUCAUGGCUCCGGUCAUGAAGGAAAUGGUCCUCAACCGCUAUGACUCGCUCGUCAUUGGGCGGAAAGCGGCCGAGAAAGUUCAUAGACACUGGACCUGGAGGCAGCUGAUGCAGUCCUUUGAUCAGAACCACGUCUGCCCGCUCUUUGCCGGCCAAGCCGAGCAGCGCAUCCGCCCGACUGAAGAAGCACAGAGCCAAUGA